UGCGCAUAUGUGGCGACGACCUAAUAUGAGAACCCGAUGACUACAAAAAAUUUCAUUUUCAUGAAGUUAUAUCGCAUCUAUAUCUUUUAUACAACUAUGCCCAAGAUUCACAGUCAGCACUGCCGAGCAUCUUGAACAUAGUUGUAUAAACAAUAUAGAUGUGAUACGACUUUAUGAAAAUGAAAUUUUUUGUAACCUCAUCAGAUUCUUACAAUAACCUAUACUCUUACGGCUUAUGUUACUGACUAAUAGAGGCGCUGAUUCGAACUUUUGUAAUACCACCAAUACUGUGCCAUGACUGCCAUGAGUGCCAUGUGACUAUGUGAGUUGGUUGGUACUUGGAAGGAUCACUAGGAUCAAACAACAAUGUCUCAACUAAUGAAUUUACCACAUUUAGAUGGCAACAAGAUUUUUGUUGUUAGCGAAAAUGUGGAAGCAACUUAUGCCAACUCCUUGAUAAUAGCUUGGCUACAAACAAUCAGAAAAAGAAGUCCCAGACAGCAAAUUGUUGUUCUACUUUUUUCAUAUCCAAAAUAUUGUUUAGAACGAUAUUUAAAAUAUUCAACUUUGACCAACGUUGAUAUCAAAGAUUACUUUAGUAUCAGUUGUCAAACAGAGGAAAUCGAUGUAUUGCAAGAAAUUACUUUCUUUGCAAGCCAGCAUAGUGAUUCAGUUCUAGUUAUUAACUGUAUAGACACACUUGCACUACAACUUGGUCUUGCUAACACUUUGAGGUUUGUUGAAAAAUUACAGCAAAACCACAAAUCAAAAAUCUUUAUUAUACACAGGAGAGAUUUCUUUACAAAAAUUCCAAAAAUAGAAACAUUAAGUAAUACAUAUGUAUUAUUGGAAAAGUUUACAAAAACUACUACUGAAACAGAAGUACAUUACAAAGUGUCCAUAACUCACAGAAAACCUGGUGGUACUGUAGUACAUUCAAAAGAAUUAGUUUGUCAAAAUAUGGAAAAUUACAAUCUCACAUCAGAGAAAUUGAACGAUAGUUUAAUUUCAAAUUUGGAACAGAAUAAAAUGCCCAAAGUAAAAGUACAACCUCAAGCAUCUUUCAGGAUAGAAAUGAAUGAACAAGAAAUAAAACAAAGAAAUAGUGUACCUUUACCUUUUGUAUUAUCUUCUAGUACAGACAAUAAGGAAUUUAAAAUUAUUUAUGUACCUGAUGAUGCAGAUGAUAUAGAUGAAGAAGAUCCAGAUGAUGAUUUAGAUAUAUAAUUAAGAAGUAAUCAUAAUUAUUUU